CGUACGAUUUACAUGAAACCGAAAGGGAGGAAAAGUAAACAAACAUUUUUGUUCGGAAUUCAUCAAACUUAUGUUGCCGGAAUUGCUUGUUUCAACUCCCAUCAAUCAAUCAGUUUAAUAGAAUAAAAUGAAUGCUCCUAUGUUUGUUAAAAGUACUAGAGUACAGAAAGCUGUAGAAUUAAUUAAUGGGAUUGAUGGAUCAAAAUUCCCGUUGUUACUGAAUCGAAUUUUACAGAAACUUCAUUUAAAGGAAGAAGUAUUCAACAAGGAAGAGAGUGCAAAAUUGGAAAUUUCAUUGUCUGUCAACCAAGAACAACUUAAGUUAAUUUUACAAACCUUAAUGUUUAUUUUUCAACAGGCUGCUUAUCAUUUAGCCAAACCAACAGUUUUGUCACAGCAAUUACAAUCAAUAGAAUUAAAUGAAGAAAAGAUUUCUGCAAUUGUUCAGGCUUGGAUUUCUAAUGCAAAGACAGUUAUUGAGAAAUUAAAAAAGAAAACCAUUGCACCUAAACAGCUUAAUGAUGUGAAUUGGGAAUUGCGUCUACAAACGUCCCAAUCUUCCAUGUCUAAACUAAAAAAUCCUGUUGGGUUAGUUGAAUUAAAUCUGGAAUCUGGUGAAAAAAAUGAGAAUUUACAAAUGGAAUUCUCUCAUAAUGAACUUUAUUCUUUUUAUAACCAACUUGAAGUUAUACAAUCACAAUUAGAUGCUUUGAGAUAAAAACAUUCCUCCAUUCCAUGAAUUAAAAUACAUGUUUGUUGAAAUGGUUUGUACAUUUAAAAAAGUGCUAAUUGUGUUGAGGAAUUAUUUCAUAAUUUCAAUACAGUUUGCAGUUUACUAUUAUAUAUUUGAUGUUCUAGAUUCUGAUGUCUAAGAAAAAAAUAUGAAUGAUAAAAGAAAUUAUUUUGUAUUAUCAAAAAUUUAUAUUCAUGGAUUUUUUUAAAUAAAAUAAUUAAUACUCUAAUAUAUAUAUUUGGUCCUGUUAUAAAUUGUUUAAUUUAAGAUAAAUUUUAAUUUUUCAUUUAUAUACUAACUAAAGUAUCCAACUGUUUACCAGCACUAUUGGUUGUAUUAAAUUUUAAUUAAAUUUCUUAUAUAUAUAUAUUACUUGACAUUAAUGAUUCCAUCAAAAAAAUUUGAGCAUGAAAUUGUGAUGGACAUCAAAACUUUGUUAUUUUAAUAAUCUUAUAUUUGUUCUCUUCAUUGUGUAUAUAAACCACUUGAUUAAAAUUAUAUCCCUCAAAAUCGUAGUGUAAUUCAGCAACGGAUUGUAAAAUCCUCCGCGCUUUUGCGCAUGCGUUAGGAUGGGUUUAAUUUUUCAAAAUAGGGGUGAAAGGAAAGAUUAAAGGAGGAGAUGUUUACUUUUACUAGUAUAUAAUAGGGAAAAUCCAAGGUCAAAGUAAAAUACCAGAAAUGCACUCAUCAUUCCACAUCUCGCUCCUUAAUGAAAUGGAGUCGUCGAAAUGUGGUCAUCUCGGAAUCCGUUGACGAACUAUACCAUUAGAUGAACAGGACAAUAACAUUUUUUUAAUUUUUGCUAUAGUAUAAUUUUGCUUUCUCAUGUAAAUUAUGAAGAUAUUAAAUAAAAUCUUUCCAUAAUGGAAGAAAAAUAUACCAUUAAAUAUUUAUUGAAAUUAUAAAAACAGUUUGAAUUUCAUUGCAGAAAUAAAAUUUGUUGUUAAGAAUAGAGCAGGAAAAGAUGGCAAAUUCGGGGGGAGGGGGGUAUUGUGUACUUUUUUUAGUUUUAAAAUGUUGUAAAAAUCAUUUUGUGCUAUAAUAUUUUUAUUAUCACAAAAAAAAAAAAAUAUUUUUAAAUUUUUAAUCACAUAAAAAGAGUUGUUUCAAGGUAUCCAUUUCCACCCUUCUAAUAUUAUAUAUAUAUGCACUUAAUGCAACCAAUUGAUUUAUUGGGAUUAAUCGCUGUUAAAAAUUUGGAAUCAUGUCCAUAUUAUUUCCCCAGUAAAAUAUUUUUAAAUUUUAAAAAUUGGCUGGUAUAUAUCUCAAUGUACUAUUGUAGAACACAUCAUUGUGAUGCAUUUUCUACCAAUUUGCUCUUUAAUGUCAUAUAAGUGAAUAUAUAAGAAACUUUAUUUAAAAAGGAUGCACUUUAAAAAAUUACCAUAGCUGAAUUCUGUGGCUAAACCUUAAUUAUAAAUGCAAUAACAUUUCCAAAAUUUUAUUAAAAGCAGUUUUUAUGCUGAAAUCUACUUGAUAUGAAAAAAUAAGGAAGGAAGGAAUGGAGGUUUGUUUUCCGGCGUAUGCUCCUGAACGGAUUCUUAGCUUGUGCCGGGUUAACAAAAUCAAAACACGAAUAUCACAAAAAUUUUUAAAAUAUGCCAGAAGCCACAAAGAAAGCCAAUUUGAAUUGAAAGCAUCAAGCCAUUUGUAUUUUUCAUAGUAUUUAGAAUUUUCCCAUUCUAAGUUUUGUUUAUGUCAUACAAUUUUAGCGUAUACCAAACUGGUGUCUUCGGGCGAGAUCCAGUCACAGAUAUUAGAAGUUAAAGCUUGCUUAGCUAAAUCAUCAGCCCGUUCAUUUUCUGCAAUUCCCACGCAGGCAGGAGUGUAUAUCUGCUCUAAUGAGGAACAUAUCUUUAAGGCAUCAAAUAUAACGCGGGCCACAAAAAUAGCACUUGUGGGAGAAUGGAAGGUUAGGCAUCUCAGGGCUGUCAAAUUAGAUAAACUGUCAGUCAAUAAAAUAUAAUCUUUAUGUUCUUUGACAAAGUUCAUUACAGCCAGAGCAAUGGCAAAGCCCUUCCCUGAAAACACAGAUUAAUGCUGUGAACCGUUCCCUUAAUGACAACAUUCGAGGAGCAGUUGAUAGCCGCCACCGCAGUAGAAUUCUCAUUCUUGGAUGCAUCUGUGGCCAGGAUAAUUUGAUUUGGGAGUAGCUGUGAUUUGAACUCGGCGAACAAACGUUUAAUGGUAGUCGGUUUGCUGGAAGCUGAAGUCAUGGGUCUUGAAAGCGAAAUGCUUCCAAUCAUCCCAACUAAUCGGGAUUAUUUGGUUCAGGGACAGGUUUUUUUGACGGCAAUAUUCUUCUAAUGUGCCUCCGCAGGGAAGUCUUUGGAAAAUGUGGUUAGAGAUUACAGAUUUCACCUCGGAAAUUGAUCUCGAUACUUCUGUGUAUUCGCGGGCUGAGAACUGAUUAACAAAGAAUAUCACGUUUUUCUUUUCAAACCUAAGUUUCAUAUUUAUUUCAUUUGAUAUUUUAUAUAAAAUUGGGAUAGGUGUCCACCGUGGGAGACCAAGAGCAAAACGAAGGAUGUUGUUCUGUAUCGUUUGCAAAGCUGCAAAGCCAGCUUUAUUAGUCAUACCAACCGUAUGCGCUCCAAAUUCAAUGGAUUGUGUGAUGCACGCAUUACAAUUUUUUUAUCAAAUUAGAUGCGUUCGCACCCCAUCUGGGUGCUACCAAACUUUUGAUCACAUUUAACUUUUUAAAGACUUUAGUUUUGAUCUGGUCAAUAUGUGAACGGUAAGACAAGGUUGAAGCAAACUGUAUGCCAUAAAAAUUGUGAAGAGCAACGGGGAAAGGACACUUCCUUACGGUACGCCCCUUUCGUGCUUAAAAAAUGAGGAAGACACUCCUCUCCAUGAUAUAAAUGCUUUCCUUUCUUGUAAGAAAUGUGAAAUCCACAGGCAGUAUCCCCGAUUGUAAUAUUUUAAGCAUUAAACCGUCAUGCCAUACGCAUCCUUUAUAUCAAAAGAAAUACCAUACACAAGCUUCUUUUGAGCUCUGGCUGUUAAAAUUUUAUUGAGUAGGGCUGCAAGAUAGGCUGUCACAGCCUUUGAACGGGAGGAAACCAGCAUGAAAAGGAGAGAAAAAUCUUUAUUCCAAAUAAUAGCGCAAAAGCCUGUCCAGAAUAAUCCGUUCGAAAAUCUUUCCCAAUACUGAUGUUAACGCGAUGGGUCUGUAGGAUCUGAUCUCUGCUGCAUUUUUCUUAGGUUUUAAAAUAGGAAUAAUCUUCGCUAUUCUCCAGCUUUCUGGUACAAUCGUGUUUGCCCAUAAGUUAUUGAAUAAGUCUAGAAUUUUAUAUUUAUUUUCAUCGGAAAGACAAGACAACAUUUUCUUAUUUAUCUUGUCAAUGCCAGGGGAUUUGUUUUUCGUUCUUUUUAAUUCGUUUUGAAAUUCCCUAUAAGAAAACGGGCGGUUCAAACUCAUUUCAUCAUAAUUUUUAGGAUCACCUGCUGAAAACUCUAAAGGAAUACGUACAUUUGGUGCUCUCUUAAGUUAGCUGCUAUUGCAUUUGCUUGAGCAAUCGGCGCUAUCAGAGUAGUACCCGAAGAGAGAACAAGAUUGGAUUCACAGGGAGACUCAUCUUUGUUUAGUAGGGCUUUAACGAUACUGAAAGCCUGAUGGGCAGAAGCUACCUCCUGACAAGUUCUCUCCCAAAAGCUGCGUUUUUUACUCUUGACGUACUUUCUGAGAACUGCCGCCAUUUCUUUAUAUGCAGUCCAGUUUAAAAUGGAGGGAUAUGAUUUCGCCUUUCUUAAUAAUUUCCUUUUAAGAGCCUUAAGGUGAUUACAUUUAGCAUCUCACCAAGGACAGUGAGAGUGCGCUGAUUUAGAGAACGAGUAAGAUGAUGAGUUUGCGCUUACCUGGAAGAUAUUAGUAAGUCUAUCGAGGAAAGAGACAACCCCUUGACCUUGAAGAAGAGCAUUGACCUUCUUUGAGAAUUGGCCCCAAUUAAUGUAUUUUCGAGUUUAAAGGGACUUUGCAUCUAAAUUGCAAAGGGAAAUAACAAUGGGGCAGUGAUCGCUAUCAUACAUAUCAUGGGAGAUCUCUAUAGUAAUCUUAUUGAUUAUAUCUGCGGAGCAGAUGGACAAAUCUAAUAACGAAAGGGCUUGAGUCCCCUGGUAUCUGGUAUAUUGUUUCAUAUUAAGCAAGCACAUAUGUUUGGUGCUAAUCCAAUCCAGGACCAGGUUUGCAUCGGAAGAAGAAUGAUUGCUCCCAAGUGCUGGAUGGUGUAUAUUAAAAUCCCCCAAUAAUACGAAAGGAGAAGAGAUUUCUGAGUAUAAUGAUUCCAACCAGUUGUCAUUAAAUUUACCUCCAGGAGAGUAAAGAUUGAUAACCGUGAGUGGGAAUUCAGAAUUUGGACCAAUCCAUAUUUUAACCGCUAAGACCUCCACUGUUGACGGAGGAAGUGUGUGUGAAAUUACCUGAGCUGGAAUAUUCUGUUCUACUGCAAUUAACAGUCCACCUCUAGUAGAAUUUUGUCUUUCAGCUCGAAAGAUUUUUUUUUUUUUUUUUUUUUUUGAGAUAAAAAGAUGCAGAAGCAUUGAGCCAUGUUUCCUGCAAAAUUAAACAUUGGGCCGACGAAAAAGGGGGAGCCUGAAGCCAAAGGAUCUUAUUUUUGAUCCCCCUAACGUUCCACUGAAUAAACCUCAUGGGAAAAAAAAAUCUUUUAAUUUUUUUAAUUAACCGAUACCCGAGUAAUCCUCCGUAACACUGAAAGGAUUUAUUUCAGCAAGGGACCGUUGAUCGUGCUCAACGCCUGGGCUCAGUACGUGACUAUAUUCAAGAUUGGAUUCCAGAAGAGCAAUUUUAGAUUGUAGCGAGUCAAUCGUUGCCCUUUGAGUCUCGAUUUCUUUCCGGAGAGUAAUAUUUUCUUCAAAUUGUUUCUCUAAAUUUCUUUGAGUUUCCCCAAUACGUGCAAUGCACUGUCUGUUGACUUCUUAAAGUUUUAAGAGUUCAUUCCCUUGGGGUAGUAGAGCAGAAAUUAGUUUUGUUAAGUUCUGGAAAGCCGAGUAGAGGUCCGUUAUUUGUUUCUUGGGGAUUUCGGUACACUGAACCGGCGGAUCGCCCUUUACCUUUUGCGCAAAAGAUUGCGAUUUUGCUAUCCUCCUUGCUUCCAGAAAUGAUGUCUUUUUCUCUGAUCAGAUUUAUAAUCUCUUUUUCAAGACAGUAAAAACUGCAUUUUUUGUCGAGUGCAUCGUGAGCCUCUUCGCAUCUAAAACAUUUAGUGGGUAACUUACAAUCAUCGGCAUGUGAGCCCCCACAAUUUUUACAUCUUUUAUCGUGUUGACACCGGAGCUGUGUAUGACCGAAUCUUAAGCAUUUAUAACAUACCUUAGGAUUUUCUAUAAAUUUGGUCACUUUGAAGAUGAGAUUGCCGAUCUUCAUUUCAGAGCGAUUUGUUUUCCCAAUUUCUUCAAUAAGAACAAUUGGGAUAGGAUCUGCCGUCCCCUUCUUUUUAAAUCUAACAAUUUUUGUUGCGAUAAUAUCCUGUGAAGAUAGUUCUUCGUUAAUUUCCACUAUGCUAAUAUCCGUGUCAACAUCACGGAUGAUGUAUUUUGUUACAAUGUUCGUGCCAAUGAUACGAAUCCUUGCUUUCGGAACACUAUUGACAAAAUUAGUUACUUUCUCCUCUUAAGUGCCGAGUAACUUAACUAGAACCAAUUUUUUGUAUUUUUUUAGGGAAAAGGUGUCUUCUUUAUGGGUAAGUGGUCCGAACGUGGCAUUGAUUGUUGUGGGUUUAAUCCAUGGCGCCGGACCAUUAUUACUACCAAUGCACAAUUUUAUUUUGGGGCAACCCCUUUGAAUUGCAAUGUUGGCUUUAUCAUACUCCGAAAAUUCAUUUGUUAAAAUAUAAUUAAUCUUCCUAUCCUUAUAUUUCCCCUCAAACUCUAAGUCUUCUGGUUUCCUCUUCGUCAUCACUGACGGAGAAUCUAAUUGGAUGCAGCCAGAAUCGAAAAUUGCAGUAACCGAAACAAUUAAAAAGAAAAACCAGCAAAAUCCUACCUUGAUUUUUCAGAAAACCAGUGCCAGCCUCCUUGACACCGGAAAAAUAAAAAGAAAAACGCUUUGAAGUCAACGCAAAAUAUGGAAACAAAAUCUGAAAAACAAACUAGGGAACCACCCCCAACAAAAUCGCCAUUACACUUUCAUUAGAGAAAACAAAAGGCAAAAAAAAAAAAAAAAUGGCAAAAACAACAACAAGAAAAAGCACAGCCUUCACUUCAAGCCGCCUUCCUUCCUCGCACCAAGAAAUAAUUCAGAAUGGAGAGCCAAAAAAACACAACCUUCUUCCUUUACUUCUGAAAAAAUAAGGCAAAUCUUCAGAUCUCGAUCAUCAACAAUGGGGGGGGGGGGGGAGGGCAGAAUGAUAUAUUGGUAGUAGCAAUGAAAAUCUUUUGAGUUUCUAUUGCAAUUAAAUACAUUAUUAUAAAAUAUGGCUGAAAGUAGGGGGAAAAUCAUGGGAAAAAAAAUUGGAAUAAUUGAUGGGAGAAUUUUUUUUUUUUAAAUUUAAGAUGAUGCAAAAACCAUUUUUAUGCUGUAAUAUUUUUAAAAGUUAUCAUGGUGCCUAAAUUUCACUUAUUUUUAAUUAAAUUUUAUUUGAAAAUUCGAAGAAAAAAUUAAUUGCAAGUUAUGCAUUUUUCCUAAAAUAGAUAUUACUAAGUUUGGUAGUCUAGAUCAAAUGGUUUGGUUUUUGCCAAUACAUACUACACAUAUUCAUUUUUGUUAUUAGUGGAGAGAAUAUAGUAGAAUAAGCAAUCAUGCUAUUUUAUUUAUAAUCUAACUUAAUUUAUAAGAAAUUUUUCAUUGUUAAUUAUUAUUUGAAUAUUUCAUUACAUGUAUGAAAGCUGGAAGUAUACUUUUACAUCAAUUAAUAAGGCCUCUAAAUAUAUUUUUGUUUUGGAAUAAAUGAAUAUAUUGUAACUUUAAAAAAUUUAACCUGAUCUAUGAUUACAGUUCUUGUGUAAAUUUGUUGAAUUGAAUAUAAUUGUUUUAUUUUAUAAAUAAAAGAAGCAAUCACUUAUGAAACAUUUAAAAAUUGUAUU